AUGGCGUCAUCCACAAAGGGAACAUGUGCGAUUGCCACAUGUAAGCGUUCGUCUUUCGCACUAUGUCAUUGCUGCCAAGGACAUUUAUGUAUCAACCAUUUGAAAGAACAUUCAGAUCUGCUCAAUUCAAGAUUAAUACCACUUGCAGAUGAAAUCAAUAGUCUAUUGCAAAGAAUCCAAAGUGAUUCUUCAAAUGAAUCAUCUUGUCUCAAGGAUCUUGAAAAAUGGCGUCGUGAAGCACAUCAAACGGUCGAUCGAUUCUACGAGACAAAACGUAAACAGCUUAUCAAUGAGAUCGGCAAAGAUAAAAAAGUUGAGCUCAAUCUAUUGAGAAAUAAAAUUGAUGAAUUGAUUCAAGAGCAAGAUGCAACUCAAGACCAAAUUGAUUUGAUCACAGAAGAUAUUCAUUCAAUUCAACGAGCUAUUGAUGAAUUUCAAAAUCUUAGCCUCACUAUUCGUCCUUUCACGAUCGAUGAUAAUGUUAUUCUACUUAAAUCGAAUAUAUUUCUUCCCCUCGGAACUGCAUCUCGAAUAAUGUGUUAUACAGCUAAGAGUUCUGCAAUGGUGAGCAAUGGAAAAUAUGUAUUAAUAGAAAAUAAGUCGAACCUAUGUUUAGUCAACGAUCGAUUGAAAGUUACCAAAACGAUACCAUGGACAUUUGGUGAUAUAUGGGGAAUGUGUUGGUCAUCAACACUCGCUCAAUUUAUCAUUGUCACUCAAAAAAAAUUGUUUAUUCUUGAUGAAGAAACAAUGACACUUACACAAUGUGAAAUUUCUUCGGAUAAGAAUUGGUACCGGGGAACAUGUUCUAAUACAACAUUAUUCUUAUCAACCUAG